AUGGGGGGUGAGAUUGCUACGCCUUCCGAGGGUCCUAAGCAAUUCUUCUUUCGUCCAGUAACUGCUUGCAUUAAAAGUCUAUGUGCAAAUUAUGCUUGUCAAAAAUUGUCUGAGUUAGUUGAAAAUCUUGCAAGAGAUGUACACACUUACUUGCAGUAUAGCUUUAAAAGGCAAACUGAACUUCUCGAGUUCCAAGAAUUUGUUAAUGUUAAACCACAUAAAAUUCUUCAACCAUCUCAGACCCGAUGGUUAUCUUUGCAUCAAGUUGUAGUAAGACUCUUGGAACAAUAUAAUGCUCUGGUACUAUAUUUUACAGAUCAGGCUAGUAAAAACAUAGAGAAAGCCCAAUCGAUUCUAUACAGGUUAAAUGAUCCUUCAGUAAAAUUAUACUACCAUUUUCUAGAUUUUGUCUUACCAUUUUUUACAAAGUUAAAUUUGGAAAUGCAAUCUGAAAGCACCAAAAUUCACACGUUACACGGUAAAAUUAAAAAUGUUUUGAGGUCUCUUUUAGAUUGCUGUAUUAAAAAAGAAUAUUUGGAAAAACCUCCCAUCGAAGACAUUCAAUAUAAAAAUCCUCGAUUUUUUUUACCAAUUGAAGAAAUGUAUUUAGGUGCAUAUGUAGUAGGUUCUGUUACUAAUAAAACCCACAAUUUAAAUGCCGAAGAAUUGCAAAAUUUCCGAACCCGUUGCUUGGAUUUUCUUAUUGAGAGUUACGCUCAAAUUUAUAAGCGAUUUAAUGCAAAGAGCACCUCAAUGAAAAUUUUAAAAGAUUUAUCAAUUAUAAGUCCUGAGCAGGUAAUUUCCAAGAAGCAUAACACAAUUGCUUCUUUGGGGAUGCAUUUCCCAAAUCUGGUUUUAGCGAACCAACUGAACGAAUUGGAUCGAGAAUGGCGACAAUUACGCAAUAUCGACAUAAAUGACUUAAAAAAUCUUAAUAUUUCAGAAUUUUGGUCAAAAAUUUCAGAAAUGAAAUGUGGUGAUGAAUCCUUUAUGUUUCCCACACUCUGUGAAUUUAUAUUUAAUAUCAUGUGUUUGCCACAUUCAAGCGCCACCGUGGAAAGAACCUUUUCAACUAUUAACCUAAAUAAAACCAAAAUAAGAAACAAGCUUUCAACAGAAACUUUGUCCGGCAUCCUACAUACUAAAACAUUAAUGAAAAAUGAAAAUUGUUUUAAUUUUAAUAUUGAUGAAGACUUGGUUAAAAAACUGAAUUAUAAAAUAAAAACAUAA